GAAACACUUCAGGAACGAAGUAAUUUUCAUCCUGGUAACCACACGUGUGUGUGUCUUCAAAAAACACUAAAAACCAGUGUAAAGCAAAAUUUAAACUUUGAAAACAAGAGCUUGAAGAGGUAUUAUUUAACACUGAACAACUUUACAACGAGUUGGGACAUAUUCAUGUAAGCUUCUUGACUAAAGACAUCAAUUAUCAAUCGUGUGGUGAAAUCGAAAGUAGGCUGUAGAAAAUUCUAGAGAGGAAUAUGGAUACCGUGGAGGUGCUUCGUCUGGAUGUAGAAGAAAUGAGAGACUUACUCAUGAAAGCUACUCGAUCUCGUGUGAAGGACAUAAUCGGAACAGAGAUGAGUAAGUUAGAACUCGAGAUCAGACGUUUGGAAAGAUCGGUCUCAGAGCCUGUUCCGUCCACAGAAGAACCACCCAAGAAACCAAGGCCGCAAAUACAAACAAAGGUCAUAAGUACAUAUGCAUGGGAUCAAUCUGAUAAAUUCAUGAAGAUUUAUGUAACGGUCAAAGAUGUACACACCCUUCCUAAAGAAAGAAUUACCUGUGAAUUUGGUAAGAGAUCAUUCCGAUUACAAGUUGAGGAAGAGGAGAACAAACGUCGAUCAGAACUCUACAUUUCUACGCUGCUGGAGGACAUUGUUCCCGAGGAUAGCUGGUUCAAGGUGAAAACAGAUACAGUUCUUCUGAUGCUGAAAAAAAGUAAAACAGGAAAGACAUGGGCCUAUGUCACCUCAGGAGAAAAAGACUCAAAGAAAGCAAAGGAGGAAAAGGAGAAGAAGUCCAAAUCAGAUGAUGAUAAGGAUCCAAACGAGAGCAUGAUGGAUAUGCUGAAGAAGAUGUAUGAUGAGGGUGACGACGACAUGAGGAGGACCAUCGCUCAGGCCUGGACUCAGUCCCGCGACAAGCAGGGGGCCUCCUAGUUGUCUCCCCUGUCCUAUACACCACUGAUUUAUAGUGAUUUAUAAUGCCGUGAAUCAAACAAGCUGAGUUGCAAUAUGUUAUGAUGAUCAAUUUAUAUCAUUACAAUGCCAUUUUUGUAAAUAAAUUCAUUUUUUUUAUAUGA